AUGUUUGGUAACAGACCAAAUGCGAAGAAGCCCGCCGAGGGCCUCAUCAACAAAUUCCAGGAGAGUUUUUCUGAUGUUGUGCGGCCCACUACAUACGAUUCUCCGUCUAGACCCGCAAUCAAAGAGGACAUCUUGACCCCCGGGACGGAAGCUCAACCCCAAGCUGGCCUACGAUUUACACCUUUCCUAGAUGACUUCGCACUUCCCACCCCUAGAAACCUGGCCUAUCAGGACUACAUUUCAGGUGGUUCCAAUACGGUGUUUCAUGGCCCGGCCGGAGAUCUCCAUACGCCAAGUGUGGACACGAAAUUGAUCUCUCCUAACACACUUCUGGAGAAAUUUGCGGUGACUCCCCUGCAUAGGAGCAACACUGACACAUCAUAUGGAAAUCUGGAUCCGCAAUACUUUGUACAAAACCCUCAAGGCACGAACGUUGGUGACCUGACUGCUGCGUACCCAUCCAGCGCAUUUGUUCACUCCAAUCGCAACGAUGGUCUUUUCAAUCAUUCUAGCGAACAGUUGCCUCCGAUAUCUGGUGAUGGCCUGUGCCAGCUCGCGUCUCAGCUCAUCUCUCCGGGAAUAACUUUCCAAAAGUGGAAAGAUCUCCUAGCUAUGGCCAUGCCAAGUUAUUUCAGAUAUAACGUGACUAUGAAUACACCCACGGCAAUGAUCCAUAAUCCGAAUGAUACCCCGGUCACCUAUCUCAACAAAGGCCAUACCUACUCGUUAUCCAUCACCGAUUCCAGGCCUCCACUAUGGAACGAAGGGCUGGUCAAAUACCGAACCUCGAUCCGCAUAUCGUUCGAAGAGUCCGAGCACGUAUCAAACCCCGCCGCAUGUUGGAGUCUAUGGAAGGAUACACGAAGCCGUGAGAUGCAACAGAAGAAUGGCACUUUGAAUGCGGUCGAGAUGGUUGAUUUGGUAAAAGGGAUGCAUGGUCAAAUGUACCCCAUCCAGCUAGAAAGGACGUUCUUAGAUGGCUUCUGUGUCACAUGGUUCGGGGAUCCGUCCACAGGGCCGCCAGGCUGCACGAUUGGGGUACGGUUCAACUUCCUCUCUACGGACUUUAGCCAUUCGAAGGGGGUGAAAGGGGCACCUCUCAGACUUUGCGCCAAAACUGAGACGUCCACGCCAGGUACUGCUGAGCUGAGCUUUUGCAUAGUCAAGCUGUUCCGUGACCAUGGGGCCGAACGGAAGAUGUUCAAUGACGUUUCUCAGUUGAAGAAAGCAAUGGAAAAACGGAAGCAAGACUUUGCUAAAGCCCAGAAUGGGAGCGAAAGCCUCGGAAAGCGGAAACGCGGUAACCGCUCGAUCUAUUCCAGCAACCAACUUGGAUCCCAACUCAAAGCUCAACUUGUGAACAAUCUAGAUGCAGAUUUGGCAAGGAUGCAAAGCAUUCUAACCUCCAACCGACCCGUGAGCAGCUUUUGCCUUCCGGGUGAAGACAAGGAUGAUCCGGACUUGUUUCCAAUUCAUGUGGCAGAUGAGCGGGCGCAAAGAACUGACCAACUCCAACCGGCCGUCCAAAUUGCGACUCCGCCAUCGACAUUAAGCAGUGCAUCGAGAAAUCUAUCACAUAUCUCAGCAGAUGAGCAGCGGGAGGAGUCGCAUCGUGACCCGGAAAACCUCCAGCCAAGUGACUGUAGUGGCUCGUCGAAUGUUUCUACAGAUUACACGGGUAGUGAGGAGCUCUUCGUGAAUGCGACUACGCCACAGACAGGACCUGCAACGUCGGUGGUUAGUACUGGAGAUGCCAAACUUAUGGAGGAUGAUUUAAACCCAAAACUAUCAGGUCAGGAAUACGCUAUUCGCCCAACUAAAUCAGCGAAGUGUUUCUACCUCCGUUUUCAGGCAAAUGGUGUACAGCAGGAUGAUUACCACACAGCGGUGUAUCUGGCAGAACCCACGGUGCGGGAAUUGGUGACAAAGAUCUCUCAGAAACAAAAGUUUAGUCCAGAUCGUCAAGUGGAUCUGUUCCAUAUCAAUCCAAACGGCAUGAAGAUCAUCCUUGAUGACGAGGUGGUUCAACGUAUUCCAGAUGGCCAGGACAUGACUGCUGAACUGUUUGAGCUCGCGACAUCAGAAGAAAUGGCUACCGAUGGUGGCUCGGUGUCAAACAUUGAAGUCAGAUUACACUUCUAG